AUGGCGGUUUCAGGGUUUGAAGGCUUCGAAAAAAGGCUUGAAUUACACUUCUCCGGCGACGAUCCGGUGAUCGGUAAUAUGGGUCUUCGUUUGCUGGAUUUUGAGUCACUGGAGAAAGUAUUGCAUGCAGUGCAAUGCACAGUUGUAUCAGCAGUUGGCAACCAUUAUUUUGACUCUUAUGUACUCUCAGAAUCAAGCUUAUUUGUGUAUCCUACCAAGAUUAUCAUCAAAACAUGUGGGACCACCCAGCUUUUGAAAUCCAUCCGUCCAUUGAUCCAUCACGCUUGUACCUUGGGCCUCAUGAUCUGUUUAUGUAGGUACACCAGAGGAAAUUUCAUCUUCCCUAAAGCACAACCCUACCCACAUACAAGUUUUAAAGAAGAAAUCAUUUUCUUGGAGAAUAAUUUGCCUAACAAUCUUUAUUACAGAAAGGCCUCUGUUUUGCCCUCUAAGUUGUCUUCUCAUUCAUGGCAUGUGUUUUCUGCAUGUGAUGAAUCUCACAUUUUAAUGCAAAACAUGCCUGAUGAGCAGUACACUAUUGAGGUUUGCAUGACAGAGCUUGAUAAGGUUUUGGCAGGAAAGUUUUUCCGGCGUCCGAACGAUGGGAAAAAUGGCGAUUCGGCUGGGAUGGAGAUGACUGAGAUGACAGGAAUUGGUGAUAUUAACCCUGAUGCUCUUAUAUGUGACUUUGCAUUUGAUCCAUGUGGGUAUUCCAUGAAUGGUAUUCUAGGCGAUCGGUAUUCUACAAUCCAUGUCACGCCAGAGGACGGUUUUAGUUAUGCAAGCUUUGAGUGUGUGGGCUCGAUUUACGAUAAUCCCAAUGAAAUCGUUGAGGUGUUGAAGAAGGCAGUACAAGUUUUUAGGCCAGGGACAGUUUCUGUGUCCACAACCUACACCAGUCACAAAGUGUGGAAGUGCGUAGCAAAAGCAAUUGAACCACUUGGAAUGAAAUUCCGGAGUUGUACGAUGGAUGAGUUCCCAGCCAUUGGGAGCGUCAUGUUUCAAACAUUUACAACUCGUAGAAAGUAA